ACCCGGACUGCGAUCCAGCCUCCCAACACGACCGUGCAACAUCAUAGCAGAGCAGCGUUAGACCCGGACUGCGAUCCAGCCUCCCAACACGACCGUGCAACAUCAGAGCAGAGCAGCGUUAGACCCGGACUGCGAUCCAGCCUCCCAACACGACCGUGCAACAUCAUAGCGGAGCAGCGUCUGUGUGUGAAGCUUCGGGGUUCCUUCUUUUCUACUGCGAAGAAAGAAAUAAAGAAAGUGAAUCGUGAUGUCUGUGGCCGGAUUAAAGAAACAGUUCUAUAAAGCCAGCCAGCUGGUCAGCGAGAAGGUCGGGGGUGCCGAGGGAACCAAGCUCGAUGAGGACUUCAAGGAGCUGGAGAGGAAGGUGGACGUGACCAGCAAAGCCGUGUCAGAGGUCAUCACCAAGACAUCAGAGUACCUGCAGCCAAACCCAGCCUCUCGGGCGAAGCUCUCCAUGCUCAGCACGGUCUCUAAGAUCCGGGGGCAGGUGAAGAACCCGGGGUACCCCCAGCCGGAGGGGCUGCUGGGGGAGUGCAUGGUCAAGUUCGGCAGGGAGCUGGGAGAGGAGACCAACUUCGGUGGCGCCCUCCUGGACGCGGGGGAGACUAUGAAAAGGCUGGCGGAGGUGAAGGACUCUCUGGAUAUCGAUGUGAAACAGAACUUCAUCGACCCGCUGCAGAGCCUGUGUGACAAGGACCUGAGAGAGAUCCAGCACCACUUGAAGAAGCUGGAGGGCCGCCGGCUCGACUACGACUACAAGAAGAAGCGCCAGGGGAAGAUCCCGGACGAGGAGGUGCGGCAGGCGUUGGAGAAAUUCGACGAGUCCAAGGAGGUGGCAGAGACGAGCAUGUACAACCUGCUGGAGACUGACAUUGAGCAGGUCAGUCAGCUCUCCGCUCUGGUCGAGGCUCAGCUGGAUUAUCACAGGCAGGCUGUGCAGGUCAUGGAGGAUCUGUCAGAGAAGCUCAAAGAGAGGAUGGCGGAGGCCACGACCAGGCCGAAGCGAGAGUACACCCCCAAACCCAAACCCGUGUACGACUGCGGAGACGUCGACCAAUCAAACGGCGACUUCUCCUACAGCAGCUCCGCCCCCUCCGCAGCCAUGGCUCCCAGCGCACGGGCCCCAGCGGCGCUGGACCAACCCAGCUGCAAGGCGCUAUAUGACUUUGAACCGGAGAACGAGGGCGAGCUGGGCUUUAAGGAAGGUGACAUCAUCACGCUGACCAAUCAGAUCGAUGAGAACUGGUACGAGGGGAUGCUGCACGGCCAGUCAGGAUUCUUCCCACUCAACUACGUGGAAGUGCUGGUGGCUCUGCCUCACUAGAGAGGGAGAGAGAGGAGGAGAGGGGGGGGGGAGCGAUUAGAAAACCCCCCCCCACUGCAACGACUUCAUCUGGA